ACGGGUGCCCAACUCCAAACGGGUCAAAAGCUAACAUAAAUGGCGUUUGAGCAAAAAUAUCAACAGAAACAUGAGAUCAAGUAAAGAAAGCAAAAGGAAAAACAAGUAUGCUUCAUCCCCAACAAGAACCCGACCCGUUAAACCAUCAGGACCCGACUCAAGACCUCCCUAUUCCGGGCUAUCUCCUCCACCAUCAGCUGCUCUCCUUGAGAGUGAAAUUGUCACUGAUUCAGACUUGGCUUUGUUUGAGAAGCUUGAAAUUUCUUCCAAUAACAACCCAAGAAGUUUCCCGUAUAGUGUGAAGCAGCAGUGUUGGGAGAAAGCGGAGAAAGUGAAGGGUAGAGACCCGGACCGAUGGCGCCGCGACCCGUUGGGGAACAUACUGUUUCGGAAGCUUGUGGGUUGUCCUGGUUGUCUAUGCCAUGACUAUGACCAUAUUAUUCCCUAUUCCAAGGGUGGACAAAGUACAUUAGAGAAUUGUCAGGUUCUGCAGGCCACAGUUAAUCGAUCCAAGGGGAAUCGAACUGAUAUAUCAAAAGCUGAACUUAUUAAGAGAAGUUCUUAUUGUCGGGUUUCAGGUCGUGACAUGGAUCUUCUUGAACUUUCUGCCUACGGCAAUGUCCGUCAUGGGCAAGAUUCUGGGGGGUGUAAAAUUCAGUGAGUCAUUAUUUUGAUAAUUUCAGUAUUACAACUUCUUUGUACAAGAUACUCAAGAAUGACAUUGAUACACUUCUCUUCCUUAAUCAAAGGAAAGGGUAUCUCUUGGAAUUUAGGCCUUAUAUUCGUGUAUCAAAUUGCCCGCAGUUGUUAACUCACAACUGUAGCUAGCUUCAUGAUCCUUGCUACUUGUAUUUAUUCUCUUUACAAAUCAAUUAAAGCUCUUCACUACUUCCACACC